AUGAAUUUGUUAUCACGAUCUGUGAUAAUCUCAUCACUAAGCUUUCGUUUAAAUUCAACAACAUUACCAUCACUGAAAAAUCAGAAAUAUAAUUAUCGAGUUGGUAGAAAGCAGACAAAAAUUGUUACUGAUAUUAAAGAUGCUUUUGGUCGGAUUAAAUCUGGUGAUCAUAUAUUUGCACAUGGAAUGGCUGCAACACCAACGUUACUACUGGAAGGUUUAUGUGAUUAUGCACUAGCUAAUGAUUUGAAAAAAUUAACGCUACAUCAUUUACAUUUGGAGGGACCGAUCAAAUGGAUUCAACCUGAUUUUAGAAAUCGUAUCCGAUCAAAUUCUCUGUUUACUGGUGCAAAUUUAAGGAGGGCGGUUAAUGAUGGUCUAGCUGAUUUCAACUCAAUAUUUUUACAUGAAGUGCCUUUGCUUUUUCGAAGAGGAGCAAUUAAACUCAAUGUUGCUUUGCUAACUGUUUCUCCACCAGAUAAUUUUGGCAAUUGCACCUUAGGUACAAACGUGGAUGUUGCUUGUGCUGCUAUCACUCAAGCAGAUCAUAUCAUUGCAAUAUCAAACAAAAAUAUGCCCCGUACAUUUGGUGAUUCAAUUAUCCAUCAAAAUGAUAUUGAUGUUAUGAUUGAAAUGGAAUUUCCUUUAUAUGAGCGAGAAAUUAGCGAAAGUGUGACAAUUAAUGAAAAAAAAAUUGGCGAAAUCGUCGCAAAUAAUCUUGUGGAUAAUGGCGCUACAUUACAGACAGGCAUUGGCACAAUUCCAGAUUCCAUUUUAGCAUCCUUGACCAACCAUAAAGAUCUCGGGAUUCAUACCGAAAUGCUUUCAGAUGGAAUAUUAAAACUUGUUGAUUGUAAUGCAAUUACAAAUUCGAAAAAGACAGUAUUUCCUGGAAAAAUUGUGGCCACAUUUAUUCACGGAUCUGAUAAGCUUUAUCACUUUGUGGAUGGCAAUUCUGACAUAUUGUGUGCUGAUGUAGGCUGGGUAAACAACCCGACAACAAUACGAUUGAUGCCAAAAAUGACUGCCAUAAAUUCGGCUGUUGAAAUUGAUUUAACUGGCCAAGUGGUAGCGGAUUCUGUCGGAAGCCGUUUCCUUUCUGGUUUUGGCGGCCAAGUGGACUUUAUUCGAGGAGCAGCAAUAAGUGAUGAUGGUCUUGGGAAGCCUAUAAUUGCAUUUACUUCCACAACUAAAAAAGGCCAAAGCAGGAUUGUACCAUAUAUUAAUGAGGGAGCAGGAGUGGUGACAUCACGGGCUCAUGUCCACUAUGUGGUCACCGAAUACGGUAUAGCUCAAUUAUGGGGCAAAAAUAUGCGACAACGGGCGUAUGAACUGAUCAAAAUUUCACAUCCAAGUCAACGGGAGAAUUUGGAAAAAGCAGCAUUCGAAAGAAUGAAAGUGAUGCCAUCAUCGGAUUAA